AAAAUCCCACCAAUGGUAAAGUCAUGCCCUCGAGAUAUACGAAGUGUGUCUGAUACUCGACUAACACCUAUCGAAUGGGACACUGAGGACAUGUUUGUAGACAAUGUGGGAGUGACUUCGAUUACAAGCAACUAUCGUGCAGGGCAAUACUUUACAUGGGGUUACUAUCGAGUUAUUUAUACUGGUAGUGAUGCCGCUGGAAAUACAGCAUUUUGUUCAUUUUCGAUUGUUGUUUCACCAGCCGAAUGUCAGAUACCAAAACCAGAUGAGCAGCUGCAAGGCAAAGCCAUAGUUGAAAAAGUGGCUGGAGUGGAUGUACUUCUCAAGGCCCAAAUUGAAUGUGCGGACAAAUUCUAUCCGAGAACGGGCCCAGAGUUCUAUGUUUGCGAUGUAAUGGGUCAAUGGGACCGCAUAGGUUUGUGGCCAGCAAAUCGGACUUAUUCUUUCCCGUCGUGUGGUACGACCACUAAUCCCACACAAAACAUUACUGGAACGUUACAAGAAUACGGUAAUUGUACAGUGAUUCGCCAACGACUUCUGGACUCUUUGUUAAGUGAUUUGGCGCCUUAUUGCGGCAAUUGCACGGAUGAGGUUAAGUAG